AUGCAACGUGGCAAAGAGAGUGUACUUAUCAUGGAAACAAUUGGUGAUAUAAUUGAACAACAAAGACCUCAAAGUACUGAGUCAUUUUCUACAGAAGGUAAUCAUGACGAUGUGGUCGACUCUCCGUCCACAAGUACAACAAUCACGCAUGCGUCAAUAACACGUUUAGAACGUGCUGGAGGCGGGGGACAUAUUCAUCAUAAUAAUCAUAAUAAUAACAAUAUAACAAUACAUGAUCAACAUGAAGUUGAAUUGCAUACAAUAAAAAAGGAGCACGGUGUGGGAGUAGAAGUUGCGGUUGUAGCGAUUGGUGACGAUUUAUCGAAUGAUGGUGCUGAGAUACAAACGAUUAGUAAUCAUAUAACAGUUACGACAUCAAAUAGCAAUAAUGAGAAAAAUUCCUCCUUAUCGUCCUCAUCUUCAACUUCAUCUUCAUCAUCUCUCUCGCAUCAGCAUCAUCAGCAACACCAUCAAUCGCACCAUCAUCCGCAUCAUCAACAAUCACACCAUCAUACAAAUGGUGAUGAACGUAAUGGUGGGGAUGUGUUAAGUGUAAUCGUGCAAUCACAAGACUCAUCACAUGAUUCGUCACAGUUGUUGAGUCCAACCAAAUUGAGUCCCACAUCUGUGAGUAUCAUGGAUGUGGAUGCAUCUGAGUACGCAUGUAGAACGUUACAUGUUCAACCAGAACCCACGUAUCAAACGUUGACCUCAGUGAAUGGUCGCAUGUCACCACCUGGCUUUAGUCCAAAUUCAUCGUAUGCAACGUUAACUCCUCUUCAACCGUUACCACCGAUUUCAACUAUGAGUGAUAAAUUUGCUUAUGGAGGUCAUACCGGUCACACAACAAACGGUUCAAACACGUUUGCAAUAAUGCAAAACAAUGGUGGAAUCACCGUUAACCUUGGGGGUGGUAUUAAUUCACCCUAUAACUACGAUAAAUUAUCAUCCCAUAUGAAUUUAUCACCAAAUAAUUCUUACUCACCGAAUACUACCUUACGUACAAUCACACAUCAUACAGAUAGUCCUAUAUCACCAUCUCCUAGUACAUACUCACAAAAUGGAUUGUCAUCACCACAGAAAAGUUUAUCACCGGACACGGUCAAUAACUAUGACACAUCACCGGCUUAUGGUAACAAUGGACAGCGGGAUAUUGUCACAAUUGCUCGUACUACACUCCAAUCGACAAAUCAUAUACAGCAUCAACAGCAACACAGUCCUAAUCUAAGUCCACCAUCGACUUCACUGCAUUCACCUGGUGGGAAUACGAUACUAUCGAGUUUUGGUGGAAAUGUCACACAGAAUUCAACAAGUUUGGCAACACUGAAUGACUUAACAAUUGCACCCAGUCAUCAUCACCACCAUUCUUCAUCGCUAUCAUCACCGCUGUCGUUAUCAACGAACCAGCAUCAAGGUGGCGGGGGACUUGUACAAAUCUCCCACAUAAGUCACGUAGAGCGUGAUACAAUUGUGACAUCAUCACCAUCACCCCCACUUUUAACGAUACAACAUACGAUUGGUUCAAGUGGCUCGUCACAAAACGUUAUAAACACGAUUUGUAACAAUAAUAACAAUUCGAAUAACGGAGGUGUCUUACAUCAAACCACGUUACUUACAACAAAACCUCAAUCUCAAGGUGGUGGGGGUUUAAUAACUACAGCAACGGGUGCUAACACGUUAAAUGUAAACGUAGGGGGCGGCGGAGGAGGUGAUAUUGAAGAAAUAAAUACAAAAGAUUUAGCACAACGUAUCAGUGCUGAGUUAAAACGUUAUAGUAUACCACAAGCAAUAUUUGCACAGAGAGUUUUGUGUCGAUCGCAAGGUACUUUAUCGGAUUUAUUACGGAAUCCAAAACCAUGGUCCAAAUUGAAAUCUGGUCGAGAAACAUUUCGUCGAAUGUGGAAAUGGCUACAAGAACCGGAAUUUCAAAGAAUGUCUGCAUUACGUCUUGCAGCUGCGCAGAUACCACAACGCGGGAGUUGCAAACGGAAAGAGGAACUUGUGACACAAUCGGAACAUAUUCCUACACCGAAGAAACCACGUCUGGUUUUUACGGAUCUGCAACGGCGUACUCUGCAGGCUAUUUUUAAGGAAACGAAAAGGCCGUCAAAGGAGAUGCAGGUAACAAUUGCUAGACAAUUGGGUUUGGAACCAACCACUGUUGGAAAUUUCUUCAUGAAUGCUCGUCGUCGAUCCAUGGAUAAAUGGAAAGACGAAGAUCCAAAAACAAUGAAUCAACAAAUGGCACAAUAUUCACCAAGCAGUAGUGGCGUAGAACAUGAUGAUCCCGAUCAAGAUAUGGAUCAUGAUAUGGACGGUGAUAUGGAUCAAGAUCUUGAUCAAGAAAGUGAGCAUCGAGUAUUGUGACACACUUCGGCAACCGGCCCAAUAUCAUUCCGUGAUCGACAUCUUUUAUUAUUAUGAACAGAUCGUAGAGAACAUAAUAUAAUAGAUAAUAGAUUU